GUUGUAAGCCGAUUUAGAUUGUCAAUUUAGGAGACACGUCCUAUUGGAUAAAUGUGACAACUCCAUUCUUGCUGCCCCCAAAAUAUUGGGGGCUAGUUUUCAGGCCUUGUGUGUGGGUUUUGGGUGGAAAAUGUUAGCUAGACCUUGUAACCCUGAGUCUAGUAUGCCCACUUGGUCUGUUUACCCCUAGAAUGUUGCUAGGAGACCAUACACAAACUUAUUAUGGGUAGAGCUGCUGUCAUAUCUCUGUAGAAUUCCUACAGGUAAGACACCACAACAUGUUAGUUGUUUGCAAACUACAUGGACAUGGCAUGCUCUGAAUAUGACCAUAUGACAGUGCGAAAUUGUAUCAUAGAAUGAAUGGAAGGAAUAAUAGCUGGCUAGCAGGCAUUUUCAUGAGGAUUUUACUAUGCAAACACUUAUUGGACAAUGACAACCAACUUGAUGUAAAUUAAAUGUUCAGGCUGUUUUGUGUAGGAUGCAAUUUUUUUUWAAGUCGGUCUGUCUUACCUCAACUCAUGGCUUCCAAUUCUGAAUGAAGAGUGGAAGAAGGUGAAGUGGGCCAGAGUGACACCAAAACAGAGCACCCCAGGAGGAGCUUGAGAGAGAGAAACCAUGACAAAGAAGAGUGCAAAGAAAGGCGGAGGGAAGCAGGCAGGGAUGACGGAGGAGGAGAGACUCCUGUACAUGCAACAGAGGGCCCAGGCAGAGGAGGAGAUGUCAGAAAGAAAGGAGGACGUACGAACUAAAUUCCUCAAAGUAUACAUUCAAGAAUUUAAACCAAUGAAAAGUCGCACAGCCCAAUGCAACUUGUUAAGCCUUUUCUAUUGUCAAAGUUUCCUUAAUAAGUUGCAGAAGGAGGAGCACAGCAAGACAUUUGAGAGGGUGCUGGACCGGAAGGACAGUGUCAUCAAGUCUAUAUAUCUCUUUCUCUCUGUGCUGCAGUGUUUGGUGUGUAACCUGAGUGAGGCAGAGCAGCAGUCAGCCCAGGUCCUGCGCUCUCACCUGCAGUGUGUGGACUGUCUGCUGGCCCUGCAGAAGGGUAGGCUGGCAUCCCUGGAGCAGCAGUGGGACAUAGUCCUGGAGGGACUGAGCUACGACUUUAACUCUGAGAGGUCUUUUCUAACCCCAAUCAUGCAAGGGACGGUGGAGGAUCUGUGGCGUCAGUUCCAACAGGCCCUGGGCUGCUACAAUGAGGCCACAGAGAACCGUCUCAUGGCUAUCGAGUCGCUGUGGACCCUCGACCAGCACAGCCCCAAGGAGAUCGACACUCAGAUGAGGAGGCUGCAGAAGAUGCAGGUCAGUGUAGGGCUACAGAGACUACUGUUCCUACCAAACAUACACACCCUUCGACUGUCAUAUGCAUACAGACAGCACACAUGCACACUAUACACAUUCACACUUAUGCAUGUGUACCGACUACUCGCUUCCUAUACAUUCUCACAUUUGUGCGAUGUUGUGGAUAAGGGGGAGAGGCUUCUAAGUCUGGCUGAGAUGUGUCAUAAGCUGGAGACAGAACAUAAGAAAGUCCUGCCCUUCUACACCUCUCACUGCUGAGGAGAGCACGAGAGAGCUAAUGCUUUGAGCCUCCAUCUGAGGAGUUGGCACAGGGAUGGGUAAUACUGUAUUACACACACACACUGAUCUGGAACGGGAGAGGGGAGCUCUGACCUGAGAUACCCAGCAGCUGCGGGUCUUGCUGCGCCAUCAUCUCUGUUAGCGACCAGAUCCUCCACCAUCGCAAGCCCCUGCUGAUGGUAUCACAGCCACCCUCGUCGUUCAACUCACUGCUGACGCCCAACGCAAGCGCCACACUGUCAAGAGGCGGCACAUGUUGUGCAGCACAUGCAAACUAACAGGCUACACAUCAAUCACACACAGCAUCACUCAUACAUGAACUUCAAAAGGGUUUCAAGUUGUAUACUGACUAAGAGUAAAUAGAACUUCAAACUGGUAGAAUGCACUCCUACUGGCAGAAUCCUAUUCCUUAUUCUAUUUGUGUCUUACAAUAACUAGCAAAAAAAAAAAAAAGAGUAUUUAAUACAAUAAUAACAGAAACUCCCUUGUUUUU